CUUUGUGCGCGGCCCCGGGGCCGGGCGGGGGUGGGGGCGCUGCCCCGCGUCCCGGAAGCGCUCGGCCCUUCCGGAAGUCGCGCCGCCAGCCGCUCGGUCUCUUUCCGCCGCCAUCUUGGGCCCCGCUCCCCGCACGCGAUGCCUGGAGAAGCCACAGAAACCGUCCCGGCCACGGAGCAGGAGCUGCCGCAGCCGCAGGCUGAGACAGGGUCCGGAACAGAGUCUGACAGCGAUGAAUCCGUCCCAGAGCUCGAAGAGCAAGACUCCACACAGGCCACGACACAGCAGGCGCAGCUUGCAGCAGCGGCUGAAAUAGAUGAAGAACCCGUCAGCAAAGCAAAACAGAGCCGGAGUGAAAAGAAAGCACGGAAGGCAAUGUCGAAGCUGGGCCUUCGCCAGGUCACAGGAGUCACCAGGGUCACCAUCCGGAAAUCCAAGAACAUCCUCUUCGUCAUCACAAAGCCAGACGUGUACAAGAGCCCGGCCUCAGACACCUACAUAGUCUUCGGCGAAGCGAAGAUCGAAGACCUGUCCCAGCAGGCCCAGCUGGCAGCCGCUGAGAAGUUCAAAGUGCAGGGAGAAGCUGUCUCAAACAUCCAGGAGAACACACAGACCCCCACUGUGCAGGAGGAGAGCGAGGAAGAAGAGGUUGACGAAACCGGUGUCGAGGUGAAAGACAUUGAGCUGGUCAUGUCUCAGGCGAACGUGUCCCGAGCGAAGGCAGUCCGUGCCCUGAAGAACAACAGUAACGAUAUUGUAAAUGCUAUAAUGGAGUUGACGAUGUAGCCAUCAGCAGGGAGGAGCCUUUUUUGGUGUUUCAGAGAAAAGUAAAAUGCAACUAAAUUUAAAAUUUGUACUAUUUCUAUCCAUUAAUAAAAGUUGUGGCUUAUUGUUGGUGAAA